CUCAUUCCUAGCAAUUUGCAUUUGCAUAACUCCAGAGAGAGAAGUAGAUACCAUGCUAGGUGUCUUUAGCCGUGAGAUUGUCACGCCACCGGAGGAGCUGGUGGCUGCAGGAAACCGGAGUCCAUCCCCAAGAACCACCGCCUUGGCUUUGCUCAAACGUUUCAUCAAGUGUAACCUCUCUUCGGUUUCCAUACAAAUUGGUGACCAAGUUAACUUGGCUUACUCUCGCCAGAAUGAGUCUCUUCUACAGCCAAGAUCACUUGGAGUCAAAGAUGAUAUAUUCUGCUUGUUUCAAGGGAUGCUUGAUAACUUAGGUAGCCUAAGACAAGAAUAUGGUCUAGCCAAGUCUGCGGAUGGGGUGAUGUUGGUGAUUGAAGCUUACAAAGCGUUGCGUGACCGAGCCCCUUAUCCUCCGAGCCAUGUGAUUGGCCACCUUGCUGGCAAUUUUGCGUUUGUAGUAUUUGACAAGACCACAUCCACUUUGUUCGCGGCUUCUGAUCGGUCUGGCGGGGUUCCCCUUUACUGGGGUGUUACUGCUGACGGAUUUGUGGCAUUUUCUGAUGAUGCAGAGAUGCUCAAAGGUGCAUGUGGCAUGUCACUUGCUUCUUUUCCUAAGGGGUGCUUCUUCUCAACUGCAGUAGGCGGGUUAAUAAGCUAUGAGAAUCCGAAGAACAAGAUCACUGCCAUUCCUGCAGCUGAGGAAGAGGUAUGGGAUGCAACAUUCAAGGUGGAAGGAACAGCGGUUCUCGCAGCCAGAGAGUAAAAAUUAAGUCCCCGUGUUGCAGAGGUGGCAGGGGAUCAAAGCCGGGGGGGUGCCAGGGAGACGUACUUCAACCGUUUGAAAUUGUUAAUUUGGGUUUAGCGUCUGAAUGUCACUGUAAACGGUUUGAGUGAGAACUUUCAAUUGCAGCCUUAUCAAAUUAGUAACUUACAAUCUCAUAAUAAAGCAUGUCAUGACUUAUUGACUUGUCCA